AUGGGGAAGAUGGCGGCGGCCGUGGGCUCUGUAGCGACGCUGGCGGCAGAGCCGCGGGAGGACGCCUUUCGGAAGCUUUUCCGCUUCUACCGUCAGAGCCGCCCUGGGACCACAGACCUGGGAGCGGUCAUUGACUUCUCGGCGGCCCACGCAACCCGCGGGACGGGGCCUAGUGCCCGCAAGGUGGUUAGAUCUCAGCUGAGUGUAUCUUCCGUCAGUGACCACGAUGCACAUAGAGCAGGACUUCAGCCAGUCAGCAAGUGGCAAGCCUAUGGACUCCAAGGCUAUCCUGGAUUUAUUUUUAUCCCAAACCCCUUCCUCCCAGGUUACCAGUGGCACUGGGUGAAGCAGUGCCUUAAGUUAUAUUCCCAGAAACCAAAUGUGUGUAACCUAGACAAGCACAUGACCCAAGAAGAGACUCAGGACCUCUGGGAACAGAGCAAAGAGUUUCUGAGGUACAAAGAAGCAAAUAAACGGAGACCCCGAAGUUUACUAGAGAAGUUGCGCUGGGUGACCCUAGGCUACCAUUAUAACUGGGACAGUAAGAAAUACUCAGCCGAUCAUUACACACCUUUCCCUUCUGACCUGGCUUUCCUCUCAGAGCAAGUAGCCACAGCCUGUGGGUUUCAGGGUUUCCAAGCCGAGGCAGGUAUCCUGAAUUACUACAGAUUGGACUCCACCCUGGGAAUCCACGUAGACAGAUCUGAACUAGAUCACUCCAAACCCCUGCUGUCUUUCAGCUUCGGACAGUCUGCCAUCUUUCUCCUGGGUGGCCUCAAAAGAGAUGAAGCGCCCACAGCCAUGUUUAUGCACAGUGGUGACAUCAUGGUAAUGUCAGGUUUCAGCCGCCUGUUGAACCAUGCAGUCCCAAGGGUCCUUCCAAGUCCUCAAGGGGAAAGCUUGCCAUGCUGCCUAGAGACACCUCUCCCAGCCGUCCUCCCCAGAGAUUCAGUGGUAGAGCCCUGCUCUGAGGAGGACUGGCAGGUGUGCACCAGCUACUUGAAAACCGCUCGUGUGAACAUGACUGUCCGACAGGUACUGGCCACAGACCAGGACUUCCCUUGGGAAUCCAUGGAGGAGAAGAAAAGAGACAUCACCACAGAAGGUUUCUGCCACCUGGACGACAAGAAUUGCCAAGUAAAACGAGUAAAGUUAAACCCUGACAGCUGAGACUUGGAGAGCCCGUUCUUUUCCUCAGGCAGGUCUCACAGUAAAUGGCCACGCUUUCUUGUAUUACCAUAGACUCUAGCAUCAGGACAAGCCAAAAGACAGGGAAAAGCUCAUCAUGGAUCACAGUGCUGCCUUGGAACCCAUCCUGAAGAGUAAAG